CUGGGGGUUUGGGGAGGGAGAGAGGAGUGAGACCCCUUUUGCGGGGCGCAGAGGGCGUUGGGGGGACCUGAGGCAGUGACGCACACAGCGGGGCAAAGGGGCAGCGCCCGGCAGAGACCGAGUGAGAGACAGAGAAAGCCAGGGGGAGGGAUCCCGAAGCCGCGGCGAUGGCAGAUUUCAACAUCGACCAGAGCAGCCUCCCCACCGUCAACACAGUGUGCCGGGAGUUUGCGGUUCGGGAAGAUCAUAGUCUGGCCCACAAUCUUCAGGAGCAGGAAAUUGAGCAUCAUUUGGCUUCCAAUGUACAAAGAAACCGUUUGGUACAGAAUGACCUGCAAAUGGCCAAGAAGCUGCAAGAGGAGGAGAAUAAGAAAGCCCAAAUCCGUCUUCAGAAACAGCAGCGAGAGAUGGAACGUUGGGACAAUCAGAUGGCUCAAGUGAUUCAGGAUGAGCUGACACUGGAAAGUGAGAAAAGGCGACGCCAGGAGGAGAAGGAUGAGGCUAUUGCUCGUAAACUCCAGGAGAAGGAGGAAAAGUUGAGACGGAAAUAUCAACACGAAAACAUAGGCCGCGAACCAUUUAAUGUUGGCUUCGAAGAAAAUGGAGGAUCGAAUCCACGAAUAGAUUAUGCCAUGAAGGAAGCAAUGCACGGUAUUUCAAAGAUGAGUGCCAAAGAUUUGGAGUGGAAAGAUGCUGAACUAGCACGGAAACUUCAAGAAGAAGAGAUUAUGGCGAUCCAAAAUUCCAAGAGAGGAGCUCAGAUGGCACAAGAUGAGGAGAUUGCCCGGUUACUAAUGGAGGAAGAGAAGAAGCACUCCCAUAGAAAAUCCAAGGAGAAAGAUUCUACACGGAGAGGAGAGGAAGACAGAAGGAAGGGUUCAUCAGAACGCAGGAGGCAUGAUCAGGACAAAAAGCAGGAGGUCAACGAGUACUUCAGGCCCAAGCCUCGGGAUGGAUCAGAACAACUGACAGGGAAGUCUGAAAGACCCGUAAGGCCGCCUACAUACCAAGAGGAGUCAACCCCACAGCGCCCUCCUCGCUCUGCGUCCAGGCCUUCAGAAUCAUCACAGAAAGUUUCUUAUUACAGACAGUGACUGGAAGAAUGGAGCAGACCUGAAAUGAAGAAGAUCAAAGUUUCACCUGUUUCUAUUCUGUGUGGAUUAGGCUGAAGGUUGCUGAAAGAGUUUCACCCAGUGCUUCCCUCAGACCUGGUUAUGUGGGGUAAAGAACUACUAGACGUUUCAUGUUUGGUGGCAGAUUUAGUGUGAGUUACAUAUCAGUACCAACCUGGUCUUGUUUGGGGUGUAAAAUCUUUAUUGUUGAUCCUGUUGCACAAAUAACCCAAGGGAUGAUAAUUUUUAAUUUUUCUUAACAAGAAUUAACAAGAAUGUUAAGUUGUAUUAACUUUUUAUUAUAAAUAUAUUUGUUUUUAACUCAGGCUUUCACUGUAUUCUAAACAGCCACGCUCAUCAAAUUGAAUUGCUUGCAGUUGCAGCAAAACUUUAAUUGUAUGGUGGAAUUUUGUGAUUUCUGUCUUAUUCUCUCUUCUUUAUGACCUUUCCUGGUUCUGGUCAAGUUUAUUUGAUUUACUGUGGCCACAAUGUUUAUUGGACAAAUACAAUUUGUGUUGUAGUACUAUUAAUAACUUGUUAUUGGUGGAACCCAGAGAUGCCCCUUGUGUGGCUGGUGAGAAUUAUUUGUGGUUAGGGAAGGAUGAGUAAUGUUGAAACAAACUAGGUUCCACCAAGCACACUGCCCAGCACAAGAACUUGCAGGUGUUUGGAAAGAUUGCUGCAUACAUGUCCUUUCCAUUUUGAUAGAUCUUGAACCUACUUUCAAGCUAAUUUGCCAUUGUGUAUCUCUGCUCCUCCCUUAAGAAAUGCAUAUAAUAGUCCUGAAACCUAUAUGUAUUUUCAGUUUCACAUAUCUAUAUAUUAAAAUUCUGUCUCUGCGGGCACUUUCUGUUAACAGUUUUCCAUAUGAACUCUUAUGACCACGUUUUAUAAUAAAAAUUGCCCAUGUCAACUUGUCAUUACUUGAAUUACACCCUCUCACCAUAGGACACUUUACAGCACCACAUAGGAGUUUAUUCUGGCAAUGUAAAAAUAGGAACUGAAUUAUAUUGACUAAAUAUGGAACUGAAUCACACCUUUGUGCCAUGUUAUUGCCCUGCUUUACCUGAAAACUGUUCUUGAUCUCAACUUCUUCCAUUCAAUGACUGCUGAAUCUGCAAAAAUGAAGCAUUUUUCAAAACAAAGUUUGAUUGUGGAUUUGCAGCUCUUUCUAGAAGUGUGAUUCUAUUGAUCACUCUAAUGUGCAACAUCUUGGCUGAUUGGAAGAAUUCUAUAUUUUGGUUGGAUUUUCAAGUAUUUGAAGAACCAUUUUUCGUAAGUUGCAAUUUUCAAUCUUUGUUAGAAGGUGUUUGUUUUCAGCAGGUCUGGUUGCUGCAGGAUCACAGGAAUCAGCUUGAGAUCAACAGUGUGCAUGAAAAACACCAGUGAGUGAUUCACCACUGGCUGUUCUGUUGUUGCCUGCGUAUCUAAAAUUGCAGGUAUAUGUUCACAAAGCUGUAAUGUUUUGAGAUAAAGAACACUUAAUCCUAGUUGUUCUCCAAAUCCAGCCGUCCCAACCCCACCAAAUAUUCCCAAAUCCCCUCUUUACACUGAAAUCCAUAUACACCACAUCAACCGCUUUACCCUCAU